UCAGGUGUUUCAACAAACAAGUAUAUCCUAUCCUACUUUGUUUUUAUUUAGAGAAAAGAGAGAGAGAGAGAGAGAAAUGGCGUCACAUCAAGAAGAAAGGUCUGAGCUGGAUCGAAGGGCAAAGGAAGGUGAAACUGUAGUUCCUGGUGGUACUGGUGGCAAGAGUCUUGAAGCUCAAGAGCACCUUGCUGAAGGGAGGAGCCGAGGAGGGCAAACGAGGAAGGAGCAGUUGGGAAGUGAAGGGUACCAGGAAAUGGGACGGAAGGGAGGUCUAAGCACAGGCGAUGAGGCUGGUGGUGAGCGUGCUCAACGUGAAGGCAUAGAGAUUGACGAGUCAAAGUAUAAGACCAAGGGUUAAAAUAAGUAGUACCUCUCACUUGUGUUAAUAAUAAACGCAGCCUCCAUCGUCUACUACUUGGGGUCUAUGUUAAGAGUCUUUUUAGUCUGUCUUUUGUCUUUAUAUAUGUAUGCGUUGCGUCUUUUUCUUCGUCUGUUGUAUCCCGUCUUUUAACUUGAAUGAAGUUCCAAGUCUUUUUUAGUUGUAA